AUGGCAGCCACGGAAAGAGAGUUGACCUCUCCACAAAUUGCCUUCGCAGGCAAUAAGUACAAGUGGAUCGACGCAUAUAUUGAGACACUGGAUCCAGAGACCCAAUACAACGAAAUCGUCCGGACAGUCACCCUAUUCCGCGCGACCGAGCUCCUAACAAACAUCGACUACGUCACAAACUCGAUCUUGGUCAUCCAAGAACCCAAAGGCGGAGAGGCGAUGUUCUGCACGGGGAAAACUACAACCCAUAAGCAAAAGCGGUUCGUAGAUACCAUGGCCAUGUUUCGAAUGUGGUUUCUCAACGGUACUGGGAGUGAAAAAUUGAACGAGUCCGUCGGUCGGCUUAAUAAUCUUCACAUGUCGAUUGCCAAGAACGUUCCGGGCAACUUCGAUGGUGAUGAUGACUUCAUUAUUGCGACCUGCCGCAUGGGUAUAUCAAACCAUCUGUUUCAGAAGCGACUUGGCUUUCCGGGGUUCGAUGAUCAGAUGAAGACUGCUUGGUACAACUUCUGUGCAGGUGUGAUCCGGAUGGUAGAGAAGGAGAGUGGACCGGUCAAAGGUUUCCCGACAAGCUUCAAUGGAAUGGUCGAGUUCAAUGACAACUUCAAUAACCAGAACUGGACGCCAUCGAUGCACAGCCAGCAUGUCGCCCACAUGCUAGUUGAGCAGUUCGUGGAACGCUGGUCACCGAUACAUGCCACCGACUUCAUCUUCCGGCAGAUCAUCCUCACGUUUCUCCCUGAGUCCAUAAUCAAGCUUCAUAAACUCGGACAGCGUCGACCUUGGCUUGAGAUGUUCAUCGUCUUCUACUUCCAGGUCAAGUUGCUGAUGAUCUUUUUGCUCCCUGAUCCGAGGGAGCCGACGUUCGCCGCGAGGUGGCCGAACAGAGGAAAAUGA